AUGUCUUUACCAAGGCUCAUGCACCAGAGCAGCAAUGGCAAUUUGGUGGACUGCUGUGCUGGUCCAGCAUGCGGCUCAUACUCCAUUCUCACAGGCAGCUUUUCCAUGGAUGAUAAUAGAAGGCUUCAAAUGCUGGCUGACACUGUGGCUACUUUGCCUCGGGGACGAAAGCAGCUUGCUUUGACGAGAUCAAGUUCAUUGGGUGACUUUGCCUGGUCUCAAAGAAAGCUUGUUACUGUGGAGAAGCAGGAUAAUGGAACCUUUGGAUUUGAAAUUCAGACUUACAGGCUCCAGAACCAGAACACCUGUGCCUCAGAGCAGUGCACUCUGAUCUGCAAGAUCCAGGAGGGCAGCCCAGCGCACUGUGCCGGCCUGCAAGCCGGUGAUGUCCUUGCAAAUAUCAAUGGUGUGGGCACAGAAGGCUUUACCCACAAGCAAGUUGUUGACCUGAUCAAAUCGUCAGGAAACCUGCUAACGAUAGAGACUCUUAAUGGAACAGCAAUUCUCAAGAAAGCUGAGCUUGAAGCAAAGCUGCAAGUUUUAAAGCAAACCUUGAAGAAGAAAUGGGUGGAGCUCAGAACUCUGCAGUUACAGGAACAGCGCCUGCUUUAUGGUGAUGCAGCUAACUGCCCAAGUUUGGAAAACAUGGACAUAGAUGAAUCCGUUUUGUUUGGAACCCUGCCCGGGGCAGGCUCAGCCCUCGUGGACCGGAAUCGAUUAUCCAGUGAGAGCAGCUGUAAGAGCUGGCUGAGCUCCGUGACAAUGGACAGCGAGGACGGCUACCAGACCUGUGUGUCUGAGGACUCGAGCAAGGGAGCCUUCAGCCGGCAGGCAAGCACCGAUGAUGAGUGCUUUGUCCUCAGGGAUGGGGACGAUUUUCUGAAGAAGUCCUCUUCCAGGCACCGGAGCAUCAGCACCGCCAGCAGUGGGUCCAUGUCUCCCAUGUGGGAGAGCAACUUCUCAAGCAUGUUUGGGACUCUGCCCCGAAAAAGUAGAAGGGGGAGCGUCAGGAAACAACUCUUGAAAUUCAUCCCUGGCCUCCACCGCCCUGUGGAAGAGGAAGAGAGUCACUUUUGA